UUAAAACAGAAAAAGAGGAUGUAUACAGAAGUGGAACCAGUAAUUACAGGAGAUCUGAGGAUUGUUAUGUUAGGAAUGACUGGAGCUGGAAAGAGUGCAACUGGAAACACCAUCCUGGGCAAAGAUGUGUUUGAAGUGGAUUUCAAUCCAGAGUCAGUUACUAAACACUCUGAGAAAAAAGAGACAAAAGAAGGUAGCAGGAACAUAUUGAUAAUCGACACUCCAGGCCUCCAGGAUUCAAAAAGAAAGGAAAAAAAAGUGCACGCUGAAGUAAAGAAGUGUUUGGACAUGUCCUCUCCUGGUCCUCAUGUGUUCCUGCUGGUCAUCAGACUGGAUGAAAAAUACACAAAGGAAAAGAUGAGCACAGUGAAAUGGCUUCAGGAGAACUUUGGAGAAGAAAUUGCUCGCUUCACCAUCAUCCUCUUCACUCAUGCUGAUUCACUGAGGAACAGACCACUGAAAGAUCAUAUACAUGACAGGCCAGAUCUACGACAGCUAAUAAUCAGCUGUGGUGGCAGAUAUCAUGCAGUCAAUAAUGAGGAUAUAAAGAAUCAAGCUCAAGUUAAUGAGCUGCUGUUGAAGAUGGAUAAAAUGGUGCUUAAAAAUGAAGGGAAGCACUACACUAAUGUGAUGUACCAUAAAGCCCAGGCAUGGCUUAACUGGUGGAAA